GGUAUUUCCAAGCUUGGGUCGUCUGGUCACACUGGACCCCCAUUGUUUUGGUUCUUGCUUUGUUUUUUUUUGCAAAAUUUCUAGUGAAUUUAUAAACCUCGCCCAUGGAGAGCCAACUGGAGAAGGUCCUGGAAGAGAUCGCCGCGAGGCAGGAUACUGUGGGAGCUCUACUUGCGAACCGUCAAGGACUGUGUUUGGGCGCCAAGGGGGACAUCAACCCGAGUGUCUCCGGCAUCGGCAUGGCCAUAUCCGAGCAGGUGGCCAAGCUGGAGCCCAACAGUACGGUCCCGGCCACCAUCUGCCUCUACAGUGGCAACAAGCGCUGUGUCAUCCAGAAGGACGGAGAAAUUACGGGCGUGAUCUUCAAGCAGCAGGCGGCUGCACAGGCAGGAUCCGCAGCCAACUAACAGGAGCUGCGGCCACGCAGUGCAACUCUCAGGCCAAAAGAAAGCACGUCAGGUAGAGAAGCAACCAACAUGGAUACAGAUAUCUUCCACUAUUCGAUUCCCGCUCGCAUUAGAUGGCCAGCGCCUGUUACGUUUGCCCCCCUCGUUCCAUAAUCAUUGUUUUUUUUUGUCUACGACCGCCUAGCAUUAGCAUAUUGUAGCGCAUUAGGCAUUAAGCACCGAUUGCCGUGGGCCACCAAGCCAGCUUACUGCGUGUACAUCUCUACACAUAGACUUUGUACUAUUUAAGCCCCCCAAGAAAGUGAUCAAACAGCAUAUAUGUACUGUAUGUAUACACCACAAUUAUAGCGAUAAAGCAAAGCACUCGUCGGUGAA